CGGGGCGGGGGGCAGAUCCCGAGCGUGGAAGGCGGCGGCGCGGGGCCAACAGUCGAGGCCAGCAGGUCCCUAAGUGCCACCAGCCACACCCGGCGCGACGCCCGCGUGCUGAGCCUUCCCCUUCAGCUAGAAAAAUGGCAGUGUUCAAGAAGUUAAAACUUCUUCUCUGGAAGAAUUUCAUCUUAAAGAAGCGGAGGAUUCUGAUGACAGUGCUUGAAAUCUUGAUGCCAUUACUAUUUUCUGCAGUUGUAUUGUAUCUUCGUUUUAAUAGUGUCCCAAGAAAAAGAGCUGCUACUAAUUACAGUGCAAUUGAUGUCAGUUCGCUGCCAGACUUCUUCCAUCAGUUUCCUGUGAAAAAUAAAUUUCAACUAGUUUAUAUCUCUUCCAAGAGUGAGACUUUGAAGGCUCUCACUGAAAUGGUGGAAGAUACUUUCGAUGUUGAGUUUGAAGUUCUAGGCUUUUCUUCCGUGCCUGUGUUUGAAAGUUACAUAAUUAAUGAUCCCAAAGCUUUCUACAUAUUGGUAGGAAUUGUUUUUGACCAUAACUUCAAUGACAGCAGGGAACCUUUGCCACUUGGGGUGAAGUAUAACUUGCGCUUCAGUUAUAUUCGGAGGAACUUUGCAUCAAUGAAGCAUACGUUUCUUCAAAAGGACUCCGAAGGCUGGUGCACAUCCUUUCUUUAUCCUCCUAACCUAAGCUAUGAACCCAGGGAAUUUGCAUUUACUGAUGGCGGAAUCCCUGGAUACUACAAAGAAGGCUUCCUGGGCAUACAGCAUGCUGUGGACAAAGCCAUUAUGCAUCACCAUGCUCGCAAUGCCUCAGCUGACAUGUUUGAGAGACUCAAUGUGCUCUUGCAGAGGUUCCCACAUGGGCCCCAUAUUCAGGACCGGUUCUUCCUGGUCCUUCAGAACGAGUUUCCACUGUUCCUCAUGCUCAGCUUUAUAUGCAUUGAGCUCAUCAUCAUUAAUACUAUCCUACUGGAGAAAGAGAGAAAACUGAAGGAAUAUAUGUAUAUGAUGGGAUUGAACAGCUGGCCGCACUGGGUUGCUUGGUUCAUCACAUUCUUCAUUUCUGUCUUCAUUGCUGUUUCUAUCAUGACCAUUCUCUUCUGCACAAAGGUGGAAAACAUGGCUGUGUUCAAGAAUAGUGAUCCUAGUUUGAUUUUUGUUUUUCUAAUGUGUUUUGCUGUUGCUACAAUUUUCUUUGCAUUCAUGAUCAGCACAUUCUUCCAAAGAGCACACGUUGGAACUGCCUCAGGAGGUAUCAUCUUCUUCUUCACCUACCUCCCCUACCUGUACCUCACUUUCAGCUAUCACCAGAGGAGCUACUUUGAAAAGAUAACCUUUUGUCUCUUCUCAAAUGUUGCCAUGGCAAUGGGAGUCCACUUCAUGUCCAUGUUUGAGGCAAAAGGCACAGGCAUCCAAUGGAAGAAUAUGGGCAGUAUCCGUGGAGAGUUUAGUUUCAUUCAGGUGAUGCUGAUGCUCCUGCUGGAUUCAUUAUUGUACUGUGUAAUAACCUGGUAUGUGGAAUCCGUUUUCCCAGGGAAGUUUGGGAUACCCAAGCCUUGGUACUUCUUUGCCAUGCCCUCCUACUGGCAUGGGAAGCCUAUUCCAGUUACACAUGCACUACUGGACAUGGGUGAUCCUAAUGAAACUCCAAAAAAGGAGUUCAUGCAGGAAGAGCCAACAGAUCUGAUAAGAGGAAUUGAAAUCCAGCAUCUAUGCAAGGUAUUUUACAGAAGAGGGAAUGCACACAUAGCAGUCAAAGAUCUGAGCAUGAAUCUGUACAGAGGUCAGAUCACUGUUCUUCUGGGACACAACGGAGCAGGAAAAACCACCACCUGCUCCAUGCUCACAGGUCUUAUUUCCCCUUCAAGUGGACAGGCAUAUAUCAAUGGAUAUGAGAUUUCAAAAGACAUGGUUCAAAUCAGGAAGAGCAUAGGCUGGUGCCCACAACACGAUAUCUUAUUUGAUAACUUCACAGUAGCAGAACAUCUUUUUUUUUAUGCUCAGUUGAAAGGCCUGUCUCAGCAGAAGUGCCCUGAAGAAGUCGAGCAGAUGCUGCACAUCCUCAAUCUGGAGGACAAGCGCAACUCACAGUCCAAGUUCCUGAGUGGAGGCAUGAAGCGCAAGCUGUCCAUCGGCAUCGCCCUCAUAGUAGGCUCCAAGGUGCUGAUGCUAGACGAGCCCACCUCAGGCAUGGACGCCAUCUCCAGGAGGGCCAUCUGGGACCUUCUUCAGCAGCAGAAGAGUGACCGCACCAUCCUCCUGACCACCCACUUCAUGGACGAGGCUGACCUGCUAGGGGACCGCAUUGCCAUCAUGGCCAAGGGGGAGCUGCAGUGCUGUGGGUCAUCACUGUUCCUCAAGCAGAAAUAUGGUGCAGGAUACUAUAUGACUUUACUGAGAAAUCCUUACUGUGACACAGAGAAGCUUUCUCAUCUUAUUUAUCAUCACAUACCAAAUGCAGUUUGGGAGUCCAGCGUUGGAGAAGAAUUAAUAUUUAUACUUCCUAAAGAGAGCAUUCACAGGUUUGAAUCUCUAUUUACUGACCUGGAAAUGAAGCAGACAGAGCUGGGAAUCACCAGCUUUGGGGCUUCUGUCACUACCAUGGAGGAAGUGUUCAUUAGGGUUUGUAUGAUGGCAGACUACAGUACAGAUAUUUCAGCCAAGAAGCAACCCUCUAUUCAUCCCUAUUCCCUGAUUAGCAGAGUUCCUGUUGAAAGAAUUAAAUAUCUUCAUUCAAGGAUCUUCUCAUUACAGACUGGUUUACCAAUCACACUAAACACUGGAUUCAGUCUUCUCUGCCAACAAUUCUACGCCAUGUUUCUGAAAAGGGUCAUAUAUUCUCGGCGCAACUGGAUGGUGAUGUUAUCUGUACAGAUCUUGGUGCCUCUGGUGAUCAUUAUAUUAAGCCUCACAUUCUUCAACUUUAAAAUGAGGAGCAUGGGAAGUGUACCCUUACAGUUGGCUCUAAAUACAUAUGGUCAGACUAUUGUUGCAUUCUUUGUUUCUCAGAAUUUCAAACUGGAUCCUCAACUUUCAGAUCAUUUUGCAAAUAUGCUUGUGGCUCAAGGACAGAUUCCUCUGAAAGUCCCAGGUCCUGUAGAGGAGUUUCUAUUGAAAAAGGCAGAAGCGGAACCCGAGGACUUUAAUAGGCUGUAUGUGGUAGCAGCUUCCUUUGAAGAUGUAGAUAACCACACCAUAGUGAGAGGGCUGUUCAACAACCAGGCGUACCAUUCCCCUGCCUUGGCUCUGACUCUGGUGGACAAUUAUCUCUUCAAGUUGCUUUCUGGUGCCAGGGCUUCCAUUACCGUUUCCAACCACCCUCAACCUCAGACAGCCAUGGAGUUCUCAGAGAAUGUCUUAUACCAGGGCCCUAAAGGACAUUAUCUUGUUAUCAACUUGCUUUUUGGAAUGGCUUUUCUAUCUAGCUCUUUUUCCAUGUUGACGGUCAGAGAGAGACGAAUUAAGGCCAAGCACAUUCAGUUCAUAAGUGGAGUUUACAUGGCUGCUUUCUGGUUCUCCGCUAUGCUGUGGGAUCUCCUGUCCUUCCUUGUCUGCACUCUGCUCCUGAUAGUGGUGUUUUUAUACUACAAGGAAGAAGCUUUUACACACCAUGAGAAUGUGCUGGCCAUGAUCUUGAUGUUGAUGCUGUAUAGCUGGGCUAUUAUCCCCUUCAUCUAUGUGAUCAGCUUCUCUUUUGACAGUGCUGGUAAUGCUUGUGUUAAGCUUGUCAUCAUGCUCACCUUCUUGAGCAUCGGCCCCAUUGUGCUCGUCUCAGUCACAGGUGAACAAGAGUUGGGCUACACAGAAAUCUCAGAGUCCUUGGAUCAUACUUUUCUAAUACUUCCAGGACACUGUCUGGGGAUGGCUUUUUCCAACUUGUAUUACAACUUUGAACUACAAAAGUUUUGUAAUUCCAAGAAUCUGAGCCAGAUUGAGUGCAAAGAAGUUUCAGAAGGACAUGUGGUUCAAAAGAACAUCUAUGCCUGGGAAUCCCUUGGGAUAGGGAAAUAUCUGGCAGCCUUGGCUAUCUCAGGACCUUUGUACAUCAUCCUCCUUUUUCUUGUUGAAACCAAAGUGUUCAGAAGACUGAAAGCUAGGAUUUCUAACUUCUUCCUGAAGCAAAAGUUGGCAAGAUUGCUCGCAGCAGCAUCAGUGCCUGAAGACCAAGAUGUAGAAGAGGAGGCAAAAACACUCAGGACUUAUUUGGAAACGUUGCGAAAGACAAAUCCACUAAUUGUUAAAGAAGUGUCGAAGGACUAUAUCAAGAAGGUACCCCUGCUGGCUGUGAACAAAGUAUCCUUCACUGUUCAAGCUAAAGAAUGCUUUGGUCUUCUUGGAAUUAAUGGAGCUGGAAAGACUUCUAUUUUCAAAAUGCUGACAGGACAGAAGCCCAUCACCUGUGGGAAUGCAUUUAUUAGGGGUCUUAGCAUCAGCUCUGACCUAGGGAAGGUCCGGCAGUGGAUUGGUUACUGUCCUCAGUUUGAUGCCUUGCUGAGCUUCAUGACAGGCCGAGAGACACUGGUCAUGUAUGCCCGGAUCCGGGGCAUCCCAGAGCGCCACAUCAGUUCCUGUGUGGACCAGAUUCUUGAGGACUUAGUCAUGUUCGUGUAUGCAGACAAGCUGGUAAAGACCUACAGCGGUGGUAACAAGCGCAAAUUGAGCACGGCUAUUGCCCUCAUUGGAGAUCCUGCCGUCUUCUUCCUGGAUGAGCCAUCCACUGGCAUGGACCCUGUGGCCCGGCGCCUGCUCUGGGGCACUGUGGGAAAGGCCCGCGAGUCUGGCAAAGCCAUUGUCAUCACCUCCCACAGCAUGGAGGAGUGUGAGGCUUUGUGCACCCGGCUGGCCAUCAUGGUGCAGGGUCAGUUCAAGUGCCUGGGAAGCCCACAGCACCUCAAGAGCAAGUUUGGCAGCGGCUACUCCCUGUGGGCCAAAGUCCGAAGGGAAGGGCAGCAAGAAGCACUGGAGGAGUUCAAGGCAUUUGUAGACCUGACCUUCCCAGGCAGUGUCCUAGAAGAUGAGCACCAAGGCAUGGUCCACUACCACCUGCCUGGCAAUGACCUCAGCUGGGGGAAGGUGUUUGGCAUUCUGGAGCAAGCCAAGAAGAAGUACCUGUUGGAGGACUACUCCGUUAACCAGAUCUCCUUGGAGGACAUCUUCCUGAACUUCGCCAGUCCUGUGCCCCCUACUCAAGGAACAAUCCAACAAGAACAAGCAGAGCCAGACAGGUCUUCAUCACCCUCACUACCUCGCCCUCAGCCUCGCUCACCUCCCUCUCAGCCUCUCUUGCCUUCUUCAUCACCUCCUUCUCAGCCUCCCCUUCAAUCUCCCUCAUCUCUUUCUCAGUGGCCCUCACUGCCUUCCUCAGAACCAGUCCUAUGGUAAUAAAGAUCCUAGUUCAGGUUAGCCAGAGUGUACAUUGCCUGCCAUGGUCACAAGGAGCUGCAAAGGCAGCCUUGCCCAGUGAGUUCAGCGCAAUGCCCUCCCCUAGAAUGCAGUACAUAGAGCAGAGUGAGGCCAUAGCUUCAGAAGCAUGAUGGAAAGCCCAGGAACAUCUCAGUGGCAAGGACUACCUGAGUCCCAUGUGUGUGACCUGUGGUCUCCUAGGGACCUAGCCAUGGAAGCAACUUCAGAGGAACACUUUGUUAUUAUUUACUUACUAUAGUACUGGGGAUUAAACCCAGGGUCUUGCACAUGCUAGGCAAGCAUUCUACCACUGAACUAUGUCCCCAGCCCCUGAAGAACACCUUGUGUAUCCUUUCGAAAAGGCAGUGGCCCCAGGAGUUAUACAGUGGCAACCAUGGCUCUGCUUGAUACUAGGUCUAUCUUCUGUGCCCUGUCAUUUGACUGUGUACCCUGUAGGCCCAGGUACAAUGCCCUUGCUCAUGGGUAAGAAGUCUGCAGGACUGAAGGAACAGCUCACCCAAGUCUUCACCCUCCCUUCUCCAGAAUCCCCUUCCCAGAUAGGUGGCCUCUGCAGCACACUUCUUCACAGGUAUACCAUAUCACCUGCGUACAUCCCAAGGCCUCAGGUGCAGUUAGGAUGGCUGCUAUCUGCUGAUAAUGGGCAAGGUUUGAAUGGAUGCAUGGAUAGUCCACACAGGUGUACACAGACCACUUGGCCAGCAGGAUAGAGCCAGAAAAGGGAGAGAGGAGUUGAACACUGACCUUGCUGGGCCUGGCUUCCCACGUGGUGCUACUUCCAGGGUAGAACUUGGAGAGUCCAUGUAUUCUAAAUUUAAACCUACCCUUCCAGGUUUUGAUGAUGCUAUUUUUCUUAAGAUAGGAGGCAACACUUUUGCCUAGUCUAAGUCACAAUUUUUCAAUAAAUAUUUGAAUGUGUGGGCAUUUAUUCUCUUCUCUGCUUCUGCAAAUGUUUGCAGUGAGUUUGCAUGUGAUCCUAUAUCAACCUGUGAAGUGCAUGUGCUUAUUGCCCCCUUUCUCAAAUGUGAAACAGACCUAAAGAUUUUCAAUUGGGGCUGGGGUUGUGCCUCAGCGGUAGAGCCCUCACCUAGCACGGGCAGGACCCAGGUUGGAUCCUCAGCACCACAUAAAAAUAAAGGCAUUGUGUUGUGUCUGUCUACCCCCCAAAAAAUAAAUAAAUAAAUAAAUAAAUAAAUGUUAAAAAAAAAAAAAAAAGAUUUUCAAUAACUUUCCAGCACCUCAUGCCAAGAUU